AACCCGAAGACCGCGCUUUCAUAAAAUUCACACCCACACGCGGGCUCUCGUUGUACGGAUCUCUCCCUCCCUUUCAAAUUCCCCCAAAAUGUGCGAACCCUAGAGUUCUCGAUCACUCUCCGACGUCGACCUCGAUUCGAAUCUCUCUUGUCUUUUGGAUUGAAGAAGCCUUUGAUUCGAUUCUCAAUUUCUCAGCCAGUGUUUUUCAGAGUCAUACGCUGGGAUUAGAGUGUUUUGCUGAUGUGAAACGGGAGAAAAGUUGGAUUUUGCAUGUAUUUUGGCGUUCUGAUUGUCGUUUUGCAAUUAGUGGAUGGAAUUCGCUGCAGAGGAAGUGUGAUAGGAUGUCAAGGGGUCAAUCAUCACAGCCGAGGCCUCGGCCGAUGAGGAGGGGCCUUGAGAGGUGCCAAAACAAGGGGAGUUCUGAUAAUGGAGAAGUUAUAGAUGUUGAAAAGAUUGAUGUUGUUGUUAUUGAUGAUACAGAGAGUUCUUACUAUAGGACUAGAGGUAAAAACAAAAUUCCUAGUUUCGUUAUUAGUAUUGAUGAUGAAGAGGAAGUGGAUGCCGAGCGAAAUCCUGGUGGAGUCGGUUGUUCAGCUGCAGUUGAGGGUUCGGACAGUGAUGGUGAUUGUGUUGUGUUUGUUAAAGAGGAGACUGUGCCGUUGAAUUCGAGGAUGAAAAAUGUGAUCUUCCCUGAAUGUGGUUCAUCGAGAAACCGCUUUGGUUUGUAUACCCCAUCAGAGGAUGGGUCAUCAGAAAAUGGCUCUUCGGAAAUAGAACUGUCUGAGAGUGAGAGUUCUGAUGCUGAGAGCUCUGAUUGUGAGAUUAUGGAUGGUUCUUCUGGUGGUAUUCGUGAACUGUGGGAAAAAGCUUCACUUAGGAAGAAAAUUGCAGAGAUGAGUAGGUAUGAGCCUGAGGAUCGUGUCAGUGCCUCUGGUUCAAAUACUGAUCCUGAAUCCCUUUCGCCUGAGACAACUCAGGACAAGGCUGAGGUGCGGGAUUGCUUUAAUGAGUCACAUUCAAAGAAUUCUGAACAAGUACCUGUUCAGUGUAGAGAAUCCUGCAGUGUAAGGGAGGGUCCCUGUCCUGGUAAGGAUACUGCCACCAAGCUUAGUGAAGAUUCACGUACUGCUAGAGGGAAAUAUAGUGUUGUAGAUUCGUAUCCUGAUGCUGGAAUGCAUUGUGAUGAUCCUAUCUAUAACCAUAUGGAUGAGCAGGUCUCUGAAAAGAGAGUUAAUUUACCUGGUGAAAAUGCAUUCAAUUAUAAGGGAGAUGCUACUGAAGAUGUAGAAGUACCCCAGAGAACACCUGCAUGCGAUGAUAAAUUGCAAACUGAUGUACGUGCUGGGAAUGACCAAUUUACAUUCCCGGAUAAGGGAGAACAAAUUCCAGUGGAAAAUGCAUUUUUACCAUCAGAGCUACCUAAUGAAUACAUUUCUCAAGAUAGAAACGGACCUUCUCCUGCAAAUUCAUCAUCACCUGACCCUCAACCACGAAAUAUGAAGGAUAUUUUUUCUGGGGUUACUGGUCCUGAGAACAAGGGCAAAUUGACUCCAGAACCUUCCUUAAAUUCCAAAGAUCAGCGCCGUGCAGAUGUUGAUUAUGGGACUUAUCCUCAAGAGACAAAUGAUUUUUUUCCUGGAAAAAGAUCACUGCAUGAUCCUCAACCUUCCUCUACAAAUGAGGAUUUCUCUGAGGUUACUGGUUUUGGGGGGAAAAAUAAAGCCUCAAAACCUUUCAGCGACCCCCAAACUCAGCAAGUAGAUGUUAAUGAUGAACCUGUUUCACGAGAGAGUGAUACGCCUUGUGAAAAAAUAUCAUCAUCUGACCCCCAACCUUCUUGUAAGAAUGAGGUUUUUCCUGAGUUUGUUGCGUUUAAGGGUGAGGAAAAGGCCGUUCCACCUUCAUGCUAUCCUGAAGCUCAACAUGCUAAUGUUAAUUAUGAUCCUAAUGUAGACAGUGGUAAACCUUGUGCUGAAAAAAUAUCAGUAUUCCACCCUCGACCUUGCUAUGUGAAUCAAGUUUUCUCUGAGGUUGCUGGUUUUGAUGAUGAUGAGCAACUUGCUGUCAAACCUUCCUGCAACUCCAGAGCUCAGCAUGCAAAUGUUGGUUGCGAAGAUAUCCUUCAGGAGAAAGCAUACUCAACUCAUGAAGAACUAUCUGCAAAGAAAAGUAUGGAUUGCAGUUCUCAAGCAGAAAAUACAAAAGUGGGGUGUAUAGUAACCAAAGAAUCUGAGGCUGAAAAUGAGGUGAUCGGUGAUCGGGAAAAGCACAAGGAGUCUGAUGAGUACAAACGCGCUCAAGAGGAAGAAUGGGCAUCCAGGCAGAGAGAGCUGCAGCUUCAGUCUGAGGAAGCACUGCGAAUGCGGAAGAGAAGAAGGAUUGAGGCCUUACGUUUGAUAGACAUGGAGAGGAGGCAAAAGCAACGGCUGGAAGAAAUGAGGGAAUCACAGAAAAAGGUUGAGGAAACAAUAAAUUUGAAAGAACAGUAUCGUGCUGAAGUAAGGAAGGAGCUUGAGCAAAUGGAAACUAGAUAUAGAGACUUGGCUUCACUCCUGCGUGGAUUAGGCAUCCAUGUCAGAGGGGGUCAGUUUCCAUUGCCUCAUGAGGUACACUCUGCCUACAAACAAGCCUUAUUGAGAUACCAUCCAGACCGGGCUUCAAGAACAGAUCUACGUGGACAGGUUGAAGCAGAGGAGACGUUCAAACUGAUUUCACGCUGUAAAGAGAAAUUGCUGCCAAUUUCAUACUGAAAUUCCUUAAUUGUUUUCCUGUCAUCACCAACCAUAUGUGUAGUUUCUUGAUCAAUGAAGAUUUUGUAAAUUUCUGCAUGAUUUCAGUUACCAUGGGCUUGAGACAUAUACAAAUCACGAGUACAUCAUGUAUUCUUGUAGCUUUGAGGCUCUUGUAUCUGCUGUCUAGUAUUUAAUUAAGGAUCAACUCUGUAGCCUUUCUAUUGUGACUCUAGCUUCUUUUUCUUUAUUAUUACCUUUGAAUUAAGCCAUAAUGCAAAUGCUGCAGUUAUAUA